GAAACACAAAAUUACUACAACCAGGUUAUAGCAUUGUUCGCUGCUAAACCUUAAACCCUUUUCUGUUCAAACCCCCAAAUACCGCAACAUGAAACUCCUCCAAACCGUAUGUGGGGGAAAUCGUUCUGUUCUUCGAGCAAUUGGGCGUCGAUAUUUUGCUGUUUCAGCAGAGGAACACGCCAAGAGAAACUACGCCUACAAUGACUCGGAGUAUAAUACUGUUAUCAACUCUGUUACUACUCAAAGAAGGCAUUAUUUGUUAAGGGAUGUGUAUGACGAUAUGAUGCUUGAUGGGGUGAAGCCGCAGAGAGAGACUUUUCAUUCACUUGUUAUUGGGUCCAUGAAAGGAUCUCGAAUCCAGGAUGCCCUCUAUUUCCGGGAUGAAAUGAAAGCAAUGGGUUUGGUCCCUGAUGUUGCCGUGUUCAAUUUCUUAAUCACAACAUGUGGUAAAUGUCAGAACGCUGACCAAGCAGCCAGGCUCCUGGAAGAAAUGAAGAACUACGAAGUCAAACCCACAGGGCAGACCUUUGUCUGUCUACUUAAUGCAUUUGCAGCCUCUGGCAGAUUAGAUCGAGUGCUUGCGAUAGUCCGGGAUAUGACUGCUGCUGGCCUUGGUUUGAACAGAUUCUGCUAUGCAGGCCUUAUAGCUGCACAUAAGAAUAUGAAGCCCCUUAGUAGUGACGUAGCUUCAAAGAUCAUAGAGCUUGUUGAGCAGUCUAAGGGUUGGGCAUCAGUGGACCAGUCAAAAGCUGUUGCAGAGAAUUUCAUGAAGAAUAUUUUUGAAGAGGAAUUGUACAAUAUCCCUACUGCUGACUAUGUUCGACGCCGUGGUGGAUUCCUCAAUAGGUUCCUUACUGUCUAUCAUGCAGCAUUUCAUGCUUUUGCCGACCUUAGAAAUGUAGAGGCUAUGGAAAUACUUCAGGAUAUGCUUAGAAAGGAUGGUCAGUUUCCUGACACUUUUAUUGUGAUGCAAAUCAUGAGGUGCUAUCUAAGAGGUGGAAAAUUAGACCGUGCUGUCGAAGUAUUUAACGAGUACAUACAGCCUGGAAAACCAGCUGCAGUAGAUCUUUACCUGACUCUUAUAGAGGGUGCAAUGAUUGGAUAUACUCCUGAGGGAAUGCAAAUUGCUCAAGAUACACUGGCAAAAAUGAACGAGAGAAACUUUUUCCUUAGUGCAAAAUCAGGAAAUGACCUCCUCCUUGUUGCCUCGGGUGAAAAGACUGGUGGCUUUACAACAGCCAACAUGAUAUGGGAUAUGAUGCAAGCCCUCAAAAUCACCCCGUCACUUCCCGCUGCUGAAGCAUAUUACAAUGGUUUGAAAGAACGAGAGAUUCCUGAAGAUGAUCAGCGGUUGGUUUUAGUAAAAGAAACUCUACACAACGGACGUGGUAGGCGGGUUUAGAUUCCAAAUUUUGUAUUGUUUGGUCAUGUAUUUUACCAUUUGUUUCGUAGUAGUGCCCUUGUGGAGAUGUUUGCUUCUCCCAUUUUCAUUUCCGGCCAAUUAUUGUAAACUUUGGCAAGGCUGCAUGACAGAUUUUCUUAGUUAAUUAGUUGUAAGGUUGAAUAAUUUGCUUUUUGCUUAGCAAAAAAUCUCAAGUAACCAUACGAAUGAUGCGAUAGAUUGGCAUUUUGAGUUCCAGGCAGUAAGUUAUAGUUCAAA